CGCGCGAUGACUCGGGUCCCGGUGCGAGCGGGCAGGCAGGGCGGGCGGGGAGGGCAGGCGGCCGCCAGGCACCCGCCGGCGGGGCGCCCCCCGCACCCCUUGGCUUACGCGGGGGGGUUCUCCGUCGCCUCAGCCCUCCUGCUUUUGUCUCUGCGCCCGGUGGCACAGCGGGGCCGCGGCAGAGCAGGGCGGCGGGGGGAGGGUCGGGCUGGCCCAGGAAAUCCACAUGUGUGCGGCGGGUCACCUGCGAGGCUCGGCCGCCAGCCCCGGCGCCACCGCGGAUUACCGCGCCUCCGCGCCCUCGCGGCGGCCGGGCGGCCGCAGGUAGUGCUGGCGCCGCUGCCGCGGGCCCCUCCGGGUCAAGCCAUGGAGCCCGGCGUCCCACCAGACCUCCGCGACGUCGAACAAAAGCUGGGGCGCAAAGUGCCCGAGAGCCUGGCGCGGCCGCUGCGCGGGGAGGAGCUGCCGGGACGCCCCGCCGCCGCAGCACCCGGCAGCCGCCGCGCCGCCGCCCUGGCCCGGCUGGAGACGAAACUUCACCUCCUGCGGCAGGAGAUGGUUAAUCUCCGAGCCACUGAUGUGAAGCUUAUGCGCCAGCUACUGAUCAUCAAUGAAAGUAUUGAAUCAAUCAAGUGGAUGAUUGAAGAGAAAGCCAUUGCCAGCAGAGGUAGCAGCUUGAGUGGCAGCCUGUGCAGCUUGCUGGAAAGUCAGGAGACGUCCCUUCAUGACAGCUGUAACAGUUUACAAGACUGUAGUGAUGGACUGGAUGGAAUAUCAGUGGGGAGUUAUUUGGACACCUUAGUGGAUGAUGUCCCUGGUCACCAAACCCCUUCAGAUAUGGAGAAGUUCAGUGAUUCUUCUAUUAUGGAGGACUCACAGCCUCUGCAUAGGCAUCCCAAAAUUGAUUCAGAUGAGUACUACUGUUUUGGUUAAUAAAGUUCCAGAGGGACACAAAUGCACUUGUACUUACCCUUUUGUACUUACCCUUUUUCUUUGCUGCUAUUUUAUUUCAUAUGCAAACUCCACCCCCACCCCAACUUCAUUUGGAAGGAAGACAUAACAUGAUACUUUCAUUCCACUUCAUAGCUUUUCUGUUGCUUCAAAUACAUUUUCUCCUUUGUCGGUUGGGCUUUCCUCUUUCUCAGCUUUUCUUUUUCUAAUUUAUUUUUGUAAUUUUUCUUCUGUUUGUUUUAGUUUUUUAUAGUGCUGUAUUUACAGGUCUUUAAAAGUGGUGAAGGAAAAGCUUUGUCUUUAAAAUGAGACAUCCGGGCAUGACAGCAACAGUUUUGUUCUUCUUGGCAAUAAAGUAUCUUCUGAUACACAUA